AUGUCAUCAAGUUAUGACGUGAUUUCAGGGAUCAAACGGUCUAGCACGCCGACCCUUUACGAAAGAGAUUUCCCGAGUGAAGUGGUUUCUGUGGGGUCAUUGCAGUCACUAGCGCAGCGAGAGGCGAAGGAGAGUGAGUCCUUUCAACUACGACAUAAGAAUGAUUCAUAUAGUCAUAGUGUUGACUCAGUGAGUGGUAGUAAUAAUAAUAAUCACGGGGAAGAAGAGGAAGAUAACGAUGAACAUCUUUCGUUCAAGCCAAGGAGAAGACUCAAGGGGGAUGGAAUACUUGGUCUUGAGAAUGACAGUUCGAGCCGGUUGGCUAGGGUUUAUUCUGAUUCGGAGAAGGCUAAUUUUAACGAUGUUACAGGUAUUCGUAUGUACGAUGAUAUGAAGUAUCGGCCUAUGCAUUUUCCCAAUAAUAGCACUGAUACGACGGCGAAUAGCGAGUCUGUUGCACAGGAUCCAGUGCCCAUUGAAAUCAAUGCGAAGCCGGAUGUAGGUGGGUACAGGAGACCCAGGUUGCCACAGACGACAAGGCGUCGGUUUUCUUCUGGCGAGUCUCCGAUGAGACAUCCAUACUUUAAGGACCAAUUCCACCACGAUGCGAUUCCCUUAUUCAACGAUAUGCAAGAUGAAUAUAUUCCAGACUUUGACUUUUCAGAGGCGGUUUCGAGAUGGCAGAGUUCAGAAGAUGCUAAUACGCUCACGAGGUUUAACACAUGGGAAUCGGAGUUCCUGGAUAAGAACCAGAAGGAAUCUAUUUUACAUCUUGACGACUUACAUUCGCAAGUGGAGCCAAUCCCGUUGCCCAAUGCCAAACCGGAGAAACAGCAGCUGCACAUACCGAUUUCCCGGCCGGAUUCAUCAUCUCUAUUUUCUCCCUCAUCGCUCAAGACGCCCCCUGCUAUGCUGGAAAUAUCAGACCAAGAUAUCGAAAGGAUCGUAAGAUCUAUACCAUCAGAUUUCAUUAACAUGCCAUUUUCACAACGGAAGAAGAUCAUCCAGGAUAUCAGCCCAGGACAUGACUACAAGACGAUUAUGAAUAUCUUAAAGCGCGAUAAGUUGAGCCGCAGCGGUUCACUCAACAAUAUUAGAUCUAGACAUGGAUCUGUUGCAUCGAAAUAUUUGAACUCUUUUACACCGGGGUCCAACUCGUUCAAAAGAGAUGAUAAGAGUUCCGUAGUAUUAGGCUAUAGCCUUGGUAAAAUUAUCGGAUUUGGCGCUUGGGGUAUGAUUAGGGAGUGUCAUACACCCAUCGAAGAUCAGCAAGAUCAAAGGAAUAUAGAGAAUAAAAAACCGGACCACUCAAAGGCAAAGAAAAAGGCCAUGAAAAUCAUCAAGUUUAGAGAUAACAUGAUGGUUAAGAGACAGGUCAUGAGAGAAAUUUCAGUAUGGUCGAAACUAUGUCAUCCCAAUAUCCUUCCAUUAACAAACUGGAAAGUAGAGGAAGACCUGGUAGCAUACUGUUUAACAGACAAAAUCGAUCACGGAACGCUUUACGAUUUGGUGGUAUCAUGGGGAGAAUGCCAUCACUCCAAAAUAUCAUUAGAUGAACGAUGCCAAAUAACGACUGCGUUGACAUUGCAAUUGAUCGAUGCAAUCCAAUAUAUGCAUUCUAAACAUAUCGCGCAUGGCGACAUAAAAUUAGAAAACUGUCUCAUAGAGAAAGAAUCGGAGAAUUAUAAAGACUGGAAGCUAUUGUUGUGUGAUUUUGGCAUGAGCCACUUUUAUGGCCGCUUCAACGAUACUCAAACAGACCGCGAAUCUAUUCAAAUCAAAUCAUUACUAGAUGGAUCUACGGUACGUAUAAGAAGAAGACCUUCUAUUCCAAGAUCCUCUUCAUCGACUACAACAAGUACAAGCAACUCUGUCAGACCAAGCUCCAAAUUAAGACAGCUUAUUUUCGAUAAAAAGUUAAUUCAUGAUGAUACCCCAUUGAAUGUUCAUGCACAAAAAAAUAAAGAAACUUCCGAGCAUUCCUCGCCAACCAUAACAUUUACCCAGAAAAUAGAUUCAUUAACAAAUAUUCCUAAUGAUGGAUUCGAUCAUAUCAAUGACAACGUAAGCAGAAUAGGAUCGUUGCCAUACGCCGCACCGGAACUCCUUGAACCAAACCCACCUCCUAUCGGUCCGAGUGCAGAUAUCUGGGCCGUCGGUGUCCUCAUUUAUACAAUGCUUACGGGAAAAUUGCCCUUCAAGCAUGACUACGAACCAAGACUUCGUGCAAUCAUCACUUCUGGUAAGUAUGAUGUUAAAACUCUCAGCCAAGUCUGCAGUUGCGAUCUAGAUACCGUACCCCCACCAAAUACCGAGGUUAAAUAUCAGAGCCUAUUCAAUGCUGUCAAGGGAUGUCUAACAAAGGACCUUACUCGAAGGUGGGAGCUAGAUAUGAUCAAAGUCGCCCUAACUAAUUAUUGA